AUGUCGUCAUUGAAAGAACAGAAGGAGUUGUUCGUAUCCAAUUUACUUGGAGGUACUAUCCUGGAGAUAUAUAAUGUCACAGCUGUUUCCCUUAGUGCCUAUUUAUCUUAUAAUUUGAUUAGUGCAUACUCUGGCUAUAACAUAACAUUUCCAGUUGAUUUUGUUUUGAAUUGCAUGACAAUCCUAUUGUCCAUCACACUAUACAGUAACAGUACCAAUACAUUACAUUUUCUAAUACUAGCACCAGGUAUAUUGGCUGCAAUUUCUGGUAGUUGGGGACAAAAGGACCGGAAGAAAAGUAAGUCGAAGAUUCCACGCGAUGCAAAUGGUGCCAGAAAGCAAUUGUUGGUUAAGAAACCAUUUAUAACAGCAUAUAGGUCUCACAUGUUAGUGAUCACCAACUUUGCAAUUUUGGCGGUGGAUUUUAAAAUGUUUCCUCGUAGAUUUGCGAAGGUCGAAACAUGGGGAACAUCGUUGAUGGAUUUAGGGGUGGGAUCGUUUGUGUUCUCGAUGGGAUUGGCAACCUCGAGAGCUAUUAUCAAGCAGAGGUUUGACUCUUCGAAAUCCACCGACUAUAGGUUCAAAUUGUCGCAAUAUGGUUCGUUGAUUAUGAAAAAUACGAUCAAGUCCCUCCCCGUGUUGGCAUUAGGGUUAAUCAGAUUGGUUAGUGUUAAAGCACUCGAAUAUCAAGAACAUGUCACUGAAUAUGGAAUUCACUGGAACUUUUUCAUAACCCUUGGGUUAUUGCCAAUCUUUUUCGCUAUAAUCGACCCCAUAUUAAACUUCGUACCUCGUUUCAUUGUUGCGUUGGUAAUCUGCAUAGGGUACGAGCUAAUAAUGGUCAAUACCGAGUUAAUGGCGUUUAUACUCAGAAGCGAUAACAGAAUGGAUACCUUGGUGACCAUGAAUAAAGAAGGGAUCUUUUCGUUUAUUGGAUACUUCAGUAUCUUCAUCUUUGGACAAUCGUUUGGGUCAUUUGUGUUAACUGGCUUCAAAACUCCAAACAACUUAUUCAGCAUGUGCUCAUAUCAACGCUAUAAAAAAGCAGGUGCAAAACCUGGCAUUUUCACGGUUACCACUACGCAAGGAUUAGUGAUAGCCACCUUUUUUACCCAUGCUUUGUUUUGGUACGUGCAAGAAGCAUACUUUGUUAGCAGUAUUUCCAGAAGAUUAGCUAAUUUGCCAUAUGUUUUGUGGGUUGUUUCUUACAAUUCCCUUUUCCUCCUAGGCUACAAUGUAAUUGAAUCGGUGAUAGCAAAGCCAGGAGCUUCCGAAUCCAAAAUAUUGGAUGCAUUCAACAACAACGGUUUAUUGAGCUUCUUGUUGGGAAACUUAUUUACUGGCUUAAUCAAUAUGACCAUAAAUACAUUAAGCUGCAAUGCUCCUGUUACAUUUGCCAUUUUAGUUACGUAUGGUUUAAUCUUGAGUACCAUUGCCGUCCUCUUAGACCGUUACCACAUAUACAUUAAACUAUAG